AUGUCCGAUUCAGAGCCAGAGUCUCGGGAAUCUACCCAGCCUCUCAAUGACAGAGCUGACAGUCCCUACGCCCCAUCCCCGCCAAACUUGAGGGAGUCAGACUCUGAGAUGGACGAUGAUGCAUCCUUUCCAGAGAACGAAGAUCGAGAAGAAAGCGAGGCCCUUCAGACCAACGCAAAUCAAGAAGAUGUCAUCAUUCCCGUCAAUCUUCCCCCCGCCGGAAUCAUUCCAGUCAAUACCACCAGCCCUGGUCGUAUUGCGAGCCCCGCAACCUCGCCACCCAUAGAGGCCAUGCUCGCAAAUGUCAACACUUCCCUCGAAAACAUCAAUGGUCUACUCAAAGGUGUUUUGGAGAUGGUCAUCACGCAAAACAUGCAAACUGGUAUGAUGAUGCACGAGAUCCUCCAAGCGCACUUGCAUCAGAUGCCGGAUGAGGUCUUGGACACCAGGGGUAAGAUCAGAAUCAAGUUGGGCAACGGGAAUUUCAAUAAGUUUCAAAAAGACACGGAAUGCGACUUCGCCAUGAGGAGGUUACGUUUUGCAGGAUCCCCUUGGAAUAUGGUGACAGAUAUCCGGGCUGUUGGAGACAACACCCUGUUGUUGACUGUCGUCGACGAGGUCUGGGAGGAUAAGAUUCGUCUCGAGGUUGGCAGGUUCGGCUCUAUCCUUGAACUUGACCCGGGUUUCAUGGUCAAGAGUAAGCGGUACUGUGUCGAGAUCGUAGGGUAUUAUGCUUCUCGGCACAACCAGGAUCCAAGAUCGCAAAAGGGAACUUGGUCUCAAUGGAAUGGAGUUACCAUUACAGAUGUGUUCAGACGAUGCAAUGCACUCGUACUGUCCAUGGAGUCCCGAAAGGAUGCAGAGAAGCUCUGGAAGGGCAGUGGUGUGAUAGUGGACGGGUCUCCUCGUUUGCGAAAGGUUACGCCGGUCGAUCUGCGUGCAUACGAUCUCUGGUGCAACAGGUGCAACAAGCCUUCGCAUCUACAGAAUGAGUGCAACAAUCCAGUACAGUGCGGUAAGUGUAGGGCAAGCCACCUUACAAGCGAGUGCAAAAAAGAAUCCGGGCCCUAUGAAUGUGUCAACUGUCCCGAGCUACAUCGUUCCACCUCAACAGAAUGUAAGAACUCCGAAGUUGUGAAGAUGUUGAGGCUGUGCGCAAAGUGGCGAAAGGCUGGCCCCUCAUGGGCCAGGGAUGUUCAACAGCCUCAGCUACCCGACGAGCUCCUCUUGAACAAAUUGCGAGCCUACAGAAACACGCCAGCCGGACGAGCAUUUUUGGAUGCUUAUAAGCCGGAUCCGGAACCUAGGCAGUUUGUAUGCCAUCAAGCAUCAGCCAACGCCGGAGCCACCACUGUCACUCAGCCUGCUACCAAGCCCACCACGAACGCGACAAAGCGCAAGCGGGAUUGGGAUAGCCGUAAUGUAACGAAAGAGGACCCUCCCAGUUUCUUGAAAUAUUCUCAACAGAAUCAGCGCAAGUUGGACGAGGCGAACGGCGGACAUGGAUCGGGCAGACGCGGACGCGGACGCCCUCGGGGAGGGUCUGAGAGAAACAAUGCUUCCAAGAGACGUAGGGGGAACUAG